CGAUAGUUCAGAGUGACCAGCUUCACCGCGCUAAUCCGCAUUGUUUACCUCGCAUUCCUGCUGGAGUUUUCGCAAAGUUCCAAUUGUUUUAAACAAUUUGUGUUACUAAAAUAUAAACAAAUCUCAGGAAAGAUGACUGCUGUUCCCCCACCCGCUAACAUCUCCACGCUGAUGCCUCUGGAAUUGGUGGACAAAUGCAUUGGCUCCCGCAUCCAUAUUAUCAUGAAGAAUGACAAGGAGAUGGUGGGCACGCUGCUGGGAUUCGAUGACUUUGUCAACAUGCUCCUGGACGAUGUCACAGAGUACGAGAACACACCAGAUGGACGCCGCAUUACCAAACUGGAUCAGAUUUUGCUGAAUGGCAAUAACAUAACGAUGUUGGUGCCUGGUGGCGAGCUGGCGGAGUAGCAAAGUUCAAUUUGUAAACAAAUACAUUUCUAAAAUAACCAAAAAAAACACGAGUUUCUAUGAGUGAAUAAAUUUACAUACACUUAACAGUAUGUUAACAGGGUAUUGAGAAUUAACAGUCACGCUUAACAGAAGAAUGUUGAAAAAAGGGAAAAUUAAAAACCUUUGAAAUAAAUUAAAUAAGGCCAAUGUUUAACCUUUCCAAAGUUAGAAAAAUAAUAAAAAUUUCAGAAUAUAA